AUGUGUCGCCGCGUCUACAAAUACUACACAGCCUGCGGCUGUGUCCUCAACGCCCUGUUCUACCACAAGUGCGCCCAAGGCUCGGCCUCACCCCUCUGCAAGGAGGAAGACGGAAUCGUCACCCGCGACGGCGAGAAGUGCCCCUACCACGCCCGCGUCGCCCGCCGCCAAGCCCGCAGUCGCAGCCGAACCAACGGAGGAGGAGGAGGAGGAGGACCUCAAGACUCGGAGAAGAAAAUCCGCACGUCCAUCGAAAAUCCCUUGAUCUUCACCGGCGCAGGCAAGGAGAUCGCCCCCGCGAGGCUCGAGGACCGGCACAAGCUGGGAGACUUUCAAGUCUUCAUCAAGGACAUCGACACAUUCCUGAAGAAGCUUGCGGAGCAUGAAAAUGGUACUCAUACCAAGACUCAUACCAAGACUCAGACCGAGACCCAGACUGAGUCCCAGUCUCAGCUUGCGCAAAAGUCGAAGAAGCAAGAGGGAAAGAACAGCCAGCAGCUCAAGGACAGAAAAGUGAGCCGCGAGCUCUCCCCCCUCGCCGGCUGCUCAGACUGGACCGACGACGACGAGAACGACAACGCCAUCGCCCGGCGCAAGAGACGCAACCGCCUUAAGAAGGAGUUCCGCGCCCUUGUCCGCGAAAACGAGAAGAACAAGAAGCUCUUUGACGCGAGCGACGUCUUCAUGAGCUCCGACGGUGGCGAUGACGACGACGUCUCCGACAGCAGCAGCGAGUCGGGCCCCGGCGAUGCGUAUCCUUCGCCGAUGAGCAUGAGCCCGCACCCUGGCAAUUAUGGCGACGUCUCCGAGGGCGACGAGUCGUCGGAUGCGGGUCAUGUUCAUCCUUCGUCAUCGAGCCUGAGCACCGACCAUGGACAUGUCAGCGACGUCUCCGAGAGCAGCAACGAUCCAACCCAUGGUAACAUGCAGUCCUCGAUUUCAGGCCCGGUUCAUCGUAGUGAACCCCUUUCGGCGUUUCUCUCGUGGGACAUGCCUCCCGAGAACUCUGAUAACAUGGAGGAGGAUGGAGAGACUGAGCUUGAGGAGGCUGAAGAUGAGCCUGACUACGACAGUCACGACUCGGAUAUGCCCGACGCCGAUAAGGACGAUGGAGACUACGUUUCGGAGCCUACCUGGCCUCCCACUGGUGUUGAGUGGACCUCCAAGCUCAAGUACAUGACUGGAAUCCCCCGUCGCAACUAUCAAUGA